CUUUGUAUGCAGACCGGAAGUGGAGGUAGUCUGGUACUUCCGGUUGGCUCGAAGAUCUUGGAAGUGGGUGAAAGGUGAAGAAGACGUCAGGCUUGUCAUUGUUCUUCAACACGGACACAAAAGUUCUCACUUCCACACACAGAACCACCGACGAUGCUGCAGAACACCGGGAAGUUAGCUGGCUGCACGCUCUUCAUCACUGGAGCGAGUCGCGGCAUUGGGAAGGCAAUCGCUCUAAAGGCUGCCAAAGAUGGCGCCAAUAUCAUCAUCGCUGCCAAGACCGCCGAGCCCCACCCCAAACUCCCUGGGACCAUUUACACUGCCGCCAAGGAGGUGGAGGCAGCCGGUGGGAAGGCGUUGCCCUGCGUUGUCGAUAUCCGUGAUGAGAAGCAGGUUGGAGACGCCGUCCAGAAAGCCGUCGACACGUUUGGUGGUAUUGACAUCCUGGUGAACAACGCUAGUGCCAUCAACCUGACAGGAACUCUCGAGACGCCCAUGAAGAAGGUGGACCUGAUGCUGGGGAUCAACUUGAGAGGAACAUACAUGACGUCCAAGAUGGUGAUUCCUCAUUUGCUGAAGAGUCGCUCCCCUCACAUCCUGAACCUGUCACCUCCGCUCAACCUCAACCCUAUCUGGUUCAAGAACCACACAGCAUACACAAUGGCAAAGUACGGCAUGUCCAUGUGCGUCCUUGGAAUGGCCGAAGAGUUCAGAGGUCAAAUUGCUGUCAACGCGCUCUGGCCCAAAACUGCGAUCCAGACGGCGGCGAUGGACAUGUUGGGCGGGACAGAUGUGGGUAAACAGUGCCGUACGGCUGACAUCAUGGCGGACGCCGCCUAUGCCAUCCUGUCCCGACAAAAAGACUUCACGGGUCACUUCCUGGUGGAUGAAGACGUCCUGAGGGGGGAGGGGCUCCAAGACUUCGAGCAGUACGCCGUCCAGCCAGGUCACCCUCUGCUGCCAGACUUCUUCCUCGAUGAAGCACCAGAGAGCCUGGCCAAGCAGAUGGAGCAACACGGGGCGACCCCGGCCUUCAAACCACCAUCAUCUUCAUCGUCAUCAGCCUCUGGUGGACCAGUUGAAACCACGUUUGAUGUCAUCAAGUCAGUCAUCAACGAAGACGUCGUCAAAUCCACGCAGGGCGUUUAUCAGUUCGACCUGUCAGGAGAGCACAAGGGCGUUUGGUUCCUGGACUUGAAGAGCGGCGCUGGCAGUGCGGGGCAGGGUCAGCCGCCCGUCAAAGCCGACGUCGUCAUGACGAUGGACUCCAGCGACUUCAGCAAGAUGUUCUCAGGGAAGCUGAAGCCCACGCUAGCCUUCAUGUCGGGGAAGCUGCGGAUCAAAGGCGACAUGACGCUCGCCAUCAAACUGGAGAAGCUGAUGAGCCGCAUGAACAAGGCCAAACUGUGAGACUGAAGCCCCGCCCCCAGGCCCACAGGCCCCGCCUUAACGCUGAAGCUGUACAUGUUGCCUUGAUGACAAUAAAACUACAUUAAUAAUAAAGUUGA